GCUCUCUGCUUCUCUCUGUGCAGUGGAGAGCCAGGCACCCUGUAAAAAAACAGCAGCAAGGCACACGUAGUAUAAGAUUAAGCACAUACUCCUACUAUCGUUGAUUAGUAGCACGAGCUAGUAGCCAUUAGCCAAGAAAACAAAGAAUAAGAAGAACAAAAAGUGCAGAAAACAGAGAAGGGGUGCGGAGGCGGAGGUACCUGCUGCCUGGGUGAAGGAAGGUGUCUGCCAGCAUGGAGGGAGAAGGUGGAGGGUAUCUUGGUGGCAGUAUCGCGUGGAGGAAGAUUGGGAUGGCAGCAACCCACGAGUGCACGCGAUGGCAGUGGCGGCGAGUGCUGGCGGUACUUUUGGAUACAGCGUAUCACCAUAUCCAAUGACAGAUGUGAUAAUUUUAGAUGGAACAAGUCAAGGAAUCUCUAGUACGUCCAACCACUAAUGUUCCUCAGACAACACCCUCAAGUGCAACCGCUAUAUUCCAGGAUGGAGCUUCCAAGUCCACCGCUGAAUUAACCAGGAACCUGUCAGCUGCUGGGUCAUUCCCUGCCUCAACCCCAACCCCAGUAACUAUGUCUUCUUCUAUCUUGAAGCAAUCCCGACCAAAUGAAACACCAGCAGGAGUAUCUUCUUCCCAAUCAGCUAACCUUCCUUCAAUUGUUUCUCUGCCACCGGUUGGUUCUGCAAAUAUUGAAGUGGAAAAAGCUGUUAAUUGUCCUAAUUUCAGACAAAGUGGAGCAACUAUUGGCCAGACAAAUAAAUCAGCUCAUUUUACUGCUACUAGGUCCAGCCAAAGUAGAGUCCAGAGUUCUACUGCAGGGAAAUCUCAUGAAAAGAAGGCACCUUCGGCUCAACCUGUCAACAGGAACAUUGCUAUAGGAGAUCAUGUUCCACCGGGAGCAGCAGCAUUUUUUCAACAGGAACCCUGCUUCUCCAAUCACAAUGCGAUAGCGAAAAAUGUUCAACUGGUUCUGCACCAACCUGCCAACCAUCCUAGCUGGACGGUACCAUCAACUGAGUAUAUGCAUGCUCGGCUGGACUGUCAAAUAUGUAAAACAUUUAUCACUGAUGUGGAGAGUUUGCUCGUUUGUGAUGCUUGCGAGAGGGGUGUACACUUAAAAUGUCUAAAGCAGGAUGGGAAUGAAGGCCUGUCAAUUGUAGAUUGGUAUUGUCCAACCUGUGUAACGUAUAGUAAGGGCAAACCUCUGCCUCCAAAAUAUGGCAAGGUUACAAGAACAAUUGUUACAUCAAAGGCUAGAGGUGUAACUUCGCAGAGAGCACCAGGAAACCCACGCACAAAAGAUAGUGAAGAAGUGGCAGGAAAUGGAAGUUUCAUCAAGCAUAACUCCAGUGAACCUGGUAGGUCUGUAUGUAACAGUGACAUGUUGGCCUUAGACACUGCUAGUUCAAAAACACAAUCGGCCUCUGCUUCUGAAUAUCAAAAGGAAAACACUAAACAUACUGACACUCUGUUCAAACAAAAGGAAGGACAUGGCCCACCUUCAAGAAGCUUAGUUACAAAGACCAUGGAAUCCUCCAGUCAAAUUGAAAGUAGUGGAGGAUCAACAUAUAGUGCUGCUGGAAAUCUGUCGGAACAGUCUCAUAAGCAAAGAGAGAUAAUUGAGUUACUUCCAUGUGCUGUGAAUUCAGUAAAUGAUUCCACACUGCAGACUACUGCAAUUUUUGACGGGGGGAAUUCCGAACAUUCCUUCAUUGACUCAUCUGAAAUGUGUGGAAUAGAAGGAAACUCUGACCAACUUCUGAACAAGGACGAACAAACAACCAGCAGCAGUAGAACACCAGCAGAUCAAACACAUCAAGAAGAUGUAGCCGCUGAUAUUGGAAUAGGGUGUCCUCAGGAUGAUGAAACAACAGAAGUUAAUGCCAUGUCAGAACAUAACAAUGUGUAUCUGGUGAAAUCAAACAUGGACUUAUGUGCUAAGCACGAAGUUAUGGCAGGUCCAAAGAGUGAAGCUUUAGGUUACAGCUCAGAUCUUGGUGAUGUGGAUUGGGUUGGCGAUGCCCUGAAAGUUGUGGGCAACAUAACUUAUUAUAACUCCUGUAUUGUUGAUGGUAUAACAUACAAUCUCCAAGAUCAUAUUUUGAUUGGUUCCAAAGAUGGCAAGUCUGCUCCAUCCAAGCUGCAGUCACUGUGGGAAGAGCAUGACUCCCAAUCUAAGCUGGCUAUGGUUAAUACAUAUUUCUUUGCUUCGGACAUUCCAGAAUCGGCUACCAAACCAUGUUCUCCUGAAGAGAAUGAGGUAUAUGCUUCAAAUGAUCAAAGAACAGUAAUGGUUUCUUCAAUUUGUGGCUCAUGUGAUGUGUUGCAUGUUGACAAGUUUAGAGAAGAGACUAAUAGAAGAAAUCAGGUGGUCAGUUCAGAUAGUAAGCUACAUCCAAUUUUCUUUGGCAGGUGGAAGUAUGAUGAAUGCACAGGCAAUUUUGUUAGUGUAGAUAGUUCGAUGGGUUUCUGACAUUCUUUUGAAUCACAGUUCACAACUGUACAUUGCCGUUCGUCUCUCGUUCCAGCCAUCUUGCUGGAUGUAUAUGUGAAGGAUGAAGCUGAAGUGAGGUUCAUAUGCACAGUUACUAUAUUAUAGAAUGAUGUGUACUGGUUCA